GUCUAUGCUAUUUAAGAUUUUACUUAUUCUCUGAGUUUACUUAGCCCUUAAUUUUAUUUGGUGCCUGUUUUUCUUAGAAACUGACAAGGAUCUCUUAACAAAAAAAUACAGAAUUUUGUUUGGCUUCUGCUUGCUAUUUCAGUCGUAUUGCAUUUUUCUGGUACAAUUCACUUGAUCAGUCAUGUCCCCAUUAAUGCACAGAGCCAUGAAAACAGAUUUUAGUUCACUGCCGUAUACUAGCAAUCAACUUUUAUUGGUCUGGGGUUGGUCUUCAAUUGGCGAGUGACAUUUGGGGAGCUAGGAAGAAAGGAUAGUCAUUUUCCGUCUGCCAGCAUGCCUUAAACAGGCAUUGGUUUGCCUGUUUUCAGACUGGGGAAAGAAGUUCCCCUGCACAUGCAUGUGCACCCUUAGUGCAGUAGCAAAACACUCCUAAUCUGCCUUUUCUAGGACACUUCACAACCUCUGGCUUAAAAAACAUGAUGGCGUCAGUAGCAGAGGGGUCAGAUUUGGGGGAGAGUUUUGGUGGGAGGGACUGGUUCCCAUAGGGCAGUUGAGAGAAGUUAUCAUAGCUUAGACAAAGCAGUCCAAAAGCAAGAUGUAAAAAUGGUGUAGGACAGCUGAUCUCAGUAUUAUGCCAGGCUAAAGGCUCCUGAAGAAGAGGAAACGGAUAGAAGGUUAUUCGGUUUAUACCAUCCUGAGCUUUAUGCCUUUUACUGCGUUGCCAUGAAAUAAAAACAAAAUUUCAGACUGUAGUAACUGAAUUGGAUUUUGCCUUUCCUACCUUAGCUUUGAGCGUCUCUUCUUGGAAUGGAUGUACUAGAUUCAGAAGACAAGCAGUGGCAGGUUGAACCCCCUGAGAACCGAAUUACUUAUAGCCAUAGUACGUAGUAGAACAGAAAUUAGUUAUUUAAAUUGAACUAAUUAUGCUGUCUCUUCUUUGCUACAGGUGGUGGAUGUGGACUUUAAAACAGUGUGUCUCAACAUUUCAUCCUCAACUAUCUAUUUUUAAUCUGAUUGCACUACAAAAGAAAAGCUGCUAAUGGGAUAAAUGUUGAGACGUUACAAGAACUGACUUGAAGUACCAAAAGCCAUUACUAUAAAUCAAGAAGAGCUCGAAGCUAAGUCUGUAUCUGAUUAGUCAGUAUCAUUUUCACACAACAGGCAUGGCAAGUAAACGAAAAUCCACAACACCUUGCAUGGUCCUAGCCAACGAGCAGGAUCCGGAUCUAGAAAUGGUAUCAGACAUGGAGGAAGGACCACCUGUACUCACGCCAGCAGAGAACCCCACAGCAGAGAGUAUAACAAGUGAUGAGGAUGUCCACGAGUACGUGGAUUCAGACAAUCAGAAAAAUUUAAAAGUAGAAGGUGGUUAUGAAUGUAAAUACUGUACUUUUCAAACUCCAGAUCUCAAUAUGUUUACUUUCCAUGUGGAUUCAGAACAUCCCAAUGUAGUAUUAAAUUCAUCCUAUGUUUGUGUAGAAUGCAAUUUUCUUACCAAAAGAUACGAUGCGCUCUCAGAGCAUAAUUUGAAGUACCACCCUGGAGAGGAGAAUUUUAAAUUGACCAUGGUGAAACGUAAUAAUCAGACAAUCUUUGAGCAAACAGUAAAUGAUCUUACUUUUGAUGGGAGUUUCGUUAGAGAAGAAAACGCUGAACAGGCUGACCCUUCUGAGGUCCCCUCAUCAGGGAUCUCCAUUAGCAAAACUCCUAUUAUGAAAAUGAUGAAAAACAAAACGGAGACUAAACGCAUUGCUGUUUUCCACAAUGUAGUUGAUGACAUUCCUGGUGAAGAAAAGGGAACUGAAAAUGAGCCAAACUCUGAUGAAGUAGUAGAAAACCCACCAUCGGCAGUUUCUGAGUCAAAAGCAAGCCAUUCGGCUGUUUGCAGUGCAGCAGAUGUAGCUAGUGCAGUAGUGACUCCAGCACCAGUGAUUCAGCCUGGGGUGGCACAGGUUAUAACAGCUGUUACAGCUCCGCAGAAUCCAAACCUGAUUCCAAAAGUCUUAAUACCUGUAAAUAGCAUUCCAACCUAUAAUACUGCUUUGGAUAACAAUCCUCUUUUGCUUAACACCUACAACAAAUUCCCUUACCCAACCAUGUCAGAAAUCACUGUUCUUUCCACUCAAGCUAAGUACACAGAGGAGCAGAUUAAAAUAUGGUUUUCUGCCCAACGUCUGAAACAUGGUGUGAGCUGGACACCGGAGGAAGUGGAGGAAGCAAGGAGGAAGCAAUUUAAUGGCACCGUGCAUACUGUGCCACAGACAAUUACUGUUAUUCCAGCACACAUUUCUGCUGCUAGCAAUGGUUUGCCCUCCAUUUUGCAGACAUGCCAAAUAGUUGGUCAGCCGGGACUCGUUCUCACUCAAGUUGCAGGUGCAAAUACACUGCCAGUAACAGCCCCGAUAGCUUUGACUGUAGCAGGAGUCCCAAACCAAACGCAGUUACAGAAGAGUCAAAUUCACACUGCUCAGCCUGUUGCAGAAACCAAGCAAGUAGCUGCCGUUCCAGCCCCUCAGCCUAUCAAAAAUGAAACCGCGCUAGUGAAUCCUGACUCUUUCAGCAUCCGAGCAAAAAAAACAAAGGAACAACUGGCAGAAUUAAAAGUCAGCUACCUUAAAAAUCAGUUUCCUCAAGAUUCAGAAAUUAUUAGGCUUAUGAAAAUAACCGGCCUGACUAAAGGAGAGAUCAAAAAGUGGUUCAGUGACACACGCUACAAUCAGAGAAACUCAAAGAAUAAUCACGGGAUUCAUCUCAACAGUGAUUCAUGUGCCACCAUUGUUAUUGAUUCAAGCGAUGAAAUGAAUGAGUCCCCAACGGGAGUCACUCCACAGAGCAAGUCAUCAUGGAGUGCUUUUCCUGAUUUCACCCCACAGAAAUUCAAAGAAAAGACCGCUGAACAGCUGCAAGUCCUCCAAGCAAGUUUUCUUAAUAACCCUGUACUAACAGAUGAAGAAAUGAACAGGUUAAGAGCCCAAACCAAACUUACCAGGAGAGAGAUUGAUGCCUGGUUUACAGAAAGAAGGAAAUCAGAGGUCUUAAAGGAGGAGGGAGCCGACCUGAAUGACAGCAAUGCCAGCAGCUCAAAAGAGGAGGCUGGAGAAACAUCUGUGGGAGAUGGAGCAGGGCCAAAAUCAGGGGGUUCCUGUUCAAGCAAAAUAGGCAAAAAAUCACCAGAGCAGUUGCACAUGCUUAAAAGUUCGUUUGUCCGUACUCAGUGGCCGUCUCCACAAGAAUACAACAAGCUGGCAGAAGAAACUGGGCUCCCAAGGUCAGAAAUUGUGAGCUGGUUCGGAGAUACUCGCUAUGCCUGGAAAAACGGUGGAUUGAAGUGGUAUUAUUACUACCAGAGCGCCAAUGCAAACAGUCUGAAUGGCCAAGGCUUUGUGAGGAAGAGAGGGAGAGGAAGACCAAAAGGGAGGGGGAGAGGAAGGCCUCGGGGGAGGCCUCGGGGAAGCAAGAGGUUAAAUAGCUGGGACAGAGGUAUAUCUGUCAUAAAAUUCAAAACUGGAACAGCAAUCCUGAAGGACUACUACAUGAAGCACAAGUUCCUUAAUGAGCAAGACCUUGAUGAACUUGUAGCCAAAUCUCACAUGGGAUAUGAGCAGGUCAGAGAGUGGUUUGCAGAAAGGCAAAGAAGGUUAGAGCUUGGAAUAGAGCUCUUUGAGGAGAACGAGGAGGAGGAUGAAAUGCUAGAAGAUCAGGAAGACGAGGAAGAGACGGACGAUAGCGACACUUGGGAACCUCCCCGACAUGUUAAGCGCAAACUCUCAAAAUCAGAUUGACGUGCAAUUUGGGAUUUGGGGGCCAAAUACCUAUGGAUUGGGUUUGAUGUUAUAAUGAAGAGCCAAACGAUUUUUAACGGCCUUCAGUUUUAGGAAGCACUUACUUAGUAUCUUCCUUCAACUUAAGAGAACGUGGGCAAGAUGCUACCUGGGCAGGCAAGCAAUACAGGCUUCCUUGCUACCAGAGAUGGACAUGCUCAGGCCUAGCCUAGGACAUGGGGUUGUAAAUCAGCUCCAGUUCAGUUCCUCCUCUUCUACGUUUUCUGAUGGGAAGGUUCAUCAUUCACGUGACUGAUUCUCAAUAUUUAAUUGCCUUAUGUUGUUUAAUUCCAAAAAAACAUAGACACAUUUUUCCAUUGCUGUAGGAGAACAUUGCUUGCUCACGAAGGAGGAAAAUACAAUAACCUAAGAUGUCUUUUUGCAAACGUCGCUUCACCUGAAAGGUUUCAAGGCCUGGGUUUAUUUCUUAAGGCAAGAAUUCAAAACAAAAGAGAAGGGGAAAAGUGUGACAAAGGAAUCAAUGAACCUAGGGAUACCUAUCAUGAAAGUUUCCCUAAAGAGUCUGCUAGAAUGACAGAAGAGUUCAAGUUGCCACGUCUUCGUCUGUGAUACGAAAAGAUCAACCACAAGAGCUUCAUUAUGAUCUUGAAAUGUUCCUCCCCCCUUCAGUUCCAGCUUACAAAAGUGUUCUCAGUUUUGCUCAGUUGGUUAUCUGCAUGUAUGCUUACAGUUUGUACAGAAAUGCACUAAAAAUGAAUGAGUUGCCCUACCUGGGAAGGCUUUAUAUUGUAUAGAAAAUGUGGCACUAGGUACGGCUCUUCGUGUGCACAGGAGAGUUAACAGGUGUCGAUCUCGUUUACAGAAAUGAUGGAGUUUUGCAAUUUCUAUAAUAUAUUGCAAUAUAUUUAAAUGUCCUGUUUGACAUGUGAAAUGAAAUUAAGUUAAUGCAUUGUUAUGUAUUUGAAGUAUGAGGAAGACGAUUCACUAACGACCAGCAAGGUUUUUAGAAGGUGUUCAGUAUGUAGCAGUCUGUGUGAUCUGUCUGGUGUAUGUGAUGUUAAAGGAAGCAACAAUACUAUUAUUGUUUAGAAUGAAGAGUUUCUCUUGAACGAUGCAAUAGCUUACAGUGUCUUUCCUUUGUAGCUGCCCAAUGUGGUGAAGGGGAAGCAAUUCUUGAAAAAGUUCAAGAUAACUGGUUAACUGUGAAUGGGCCUAAUCUUUCGUGAAACCAAGAAAAUUUUUGGACACACACAGGACUUGAAUACUCAAAAGGAUUGGAACUUAGUGUUGUGCCAAAGUUAAACUACUGCAGUUGGCAGAAGUUCUGCACUGUAAAUAGAAGACUGAUUAAAAGACAGCUUGUAAAAAAACAAAAAAAUCAAAUUUUAAUACAGUACGUUUUUAUUAAGAGACAUGAUGGAAACAUUCUGUUUUAGACCUUUUUUGAAGAGGCUUCAGUGACCACUAGAUUUUGUCCUCCUAUAUUUUGUUUGGCCUAUUACUAUAUGUUCUAGUAAGAUGGGCUUUAUUGCCUGUGUUCUUUGAUAUGUGAUUAAGCUUAUAGCUUUGAGUGACCAAACAUUUUACAGAGUAAAAGUUCUUAGAAACAGUAUAACGUAACCGAUAUUUCUGUGUCUUAUUUAUCAGGCUCUGCACAAACUUGGAAAGUUGUGCUGGACUUGUACAACUCACGUAUGGGAACGCAGCAUACUUCUUGACAUUACGAACCUAAGCCUUUGUGGCAGGACAAAUCUUGUCUUUGGAUUUAUUUUUAUUAUUUUUUUGAGGCAAAGAAGUGAAUGAAUGCUGCUGUAAAAUAAUUGUAAUAUUGCCAUUAUUGCUUUCUGUAGCAAUUAUUGCUUUUGCUUCAACAGAUAAAGAAAAUAAAUCAGAGAUAGAAAAAACCCUAAAAGACGCCGGUAGAAGAAAGCAUCCUGUGGGAACGUCUCAAAAUAAACUUUGUACCAAAAAUUUGAAAAGAGAAAUAAUAGAAUAAAUCUC